AUGGACGGCGCGAAUUUGUACGAUGAGUUCGGCAACUACAUUGGGCCCGAACUCGGCGAAGAUGAAGAGAGCGAAGGCGAAGAGGAGGAGGUUGACCGUCCCCUUCCGGUUGUCGGGGAGGAGGACACAGACCACAGCGUCGCCGUGCGCGGCCUCGUGUCGAUGGGCGAAGAAGAAGAGCCGCCUUCUGCAGCUGUGGUUCCCCACGAGCUGAAGAAGUACUACCCUGACCACGCAGAAGUGUACCCCGAAGCCGACACCGUCGUGCAGGAAGAAGACACGCAGCCCAUCACGCAGCCCAUCAUCGCGCCCGUGUCGACGGCGGACUUUGAUCUCCUCGAAAAACAACUCCCCGUCACUUCUUUCUCCUUCGACUACCUCGCGUCGCUCAUGUUCCAGCCGGAGAGCAUCCGCAGCGUUUGCCUCCUGGGCCACCUGCACUCGGGAAAAACGACCUUUCUCGACAUGCUCGUCGAGGAGACGCAUCGUCCGCCCCACAACAGCCGCCGGUCGGCGCCUGCUCGGAUGGCGAAAAGGUACACAGACUCGCGGAAGGACGAGCAGCAACGGGCGCUGUCGAUCAAGGCCUCGCCCAUGUCGCUCGUUCUCCAGAGCAGCAGAUACAAGAACUACCUCUUCAACAUCUUCGACACGCCUGGCCACGUGAACUUCAACGACGAGUGCUCAGCGGCGAUGCGCUUGUGCGACGGCGCGAUCAUUGUCAUCGACGCGCUCGAGGGGGUCAUGAGCAACACCGACCGCUUGCUGCGGCACGCCGUCGAGGAGCAACUCAACAUCGUCGUCGUCAUCAACAAACUAGACCGGCUUAUCCUCGAGCUGAGACUCCCGCCGGCAGACGCCUACCACAAAAUUCGCCACACUCUCGAAGAGGUAGAAACGGAGACCGAAGCGAAGGCCAGGGGCGAGGAAGAAGAACGAGCGGGGAGUCCGAGAAGGGGGGCGGGAGGGGGGGUGAACAGCAUUUUGGAGCAAGUGUGCGAAGUCCGCGGCCGCGAGCCGAUUGUCAUUUCUCCCUUGAACAACAACGUGUUGUUCGCCAUGGGGCAGUUUGGCCUGGUCUUCUCGACGCGCUCCUUCGCCAAGUUGCACAUCGACAGCUACCGCCCCGACAAAAAGGCACACGGACCGAGAAUGCCCGGAGAACCCGCGAGCGUCGAAGCUCUGCGGACCCCCUUCCCCUCCGUCGAAGUUUUUGAACAGGCCCUCUGGGGUGAUCUCUGGAUUCAUCCCGAAACCAGAAAAGUCGUCGACAAACCUCCGUUCUCGGACGCGCCGCGAACCUUCGUGGAGUUCAUUGUGGAGCCGCUCUACAAGCUCGUCGCCCACGUUGUCGCGGAGGAACAACCGACGCUUCAGCCUACGCUGGAGGAACUCGGGAUUUACCUCAAGAAAGACGACUACAAGCUGGACAGUCGGACGCUCCUGAAGAAGGUGUUGUCGCAAUUCUUCGGUGAUGCCAGUGCCCUCGUGGACACGGUGGUUGAGGCAGUGCAGGAUCCAAAGACGAACGCUCCGAAGAAAACGAAGCAGCUCUACACAGGCAACCAGGAGGGCCGCGUGGCAGAAGACAUGAAGGCGCUCGACAGCGAGAGCGACGUCCUGAUGAUUUACUCGACGAAAAACUACCACAGACCGAACAACUUCCACUCCUUUGACGUUCUUGGACGGGUCAUGUCCGGAACAGUCUACAAAGGACAACGCGUGAAAGUCUUGGGCGAGGCGUUUAGUCUUGACGACGACGAAGACAUGGUGAUCCGCGACAUUUCGCACUUGUGGGUGCUGGAGGGUCGGUACCGCGUCGAAGUCAGUCACGUGCCCGCGGGGAACUGGGUCUUGAUUGGCGGCGUCGACAUUUCGGUGCUAAAGACGUCGACAAUCACGAACGUGGACCAUUCGGAAGAAGUCGAAAUCUUCUCGCCUCUGCUCUUCAACUCCGUCCCUGUCAUCAAGGUCGCCUGCGAGCCUCUGCAGCCUUCCGAGCUGCCGAAAAUGCUCGAGGCGCUUCGACGCAUUGACAAAUCGUAUCCGAUCUCCCGCACGCGUGUCGAGGAAAGUGGUGAGCACGUGAUUCUCGGCACUGGCGAGAUUUACCUUGACUGCGUCCUCCACGACUUGCGCAAGCUGUACGGCGACUUGGAGUUGAAAGUUGCAGACCCCGUCGUCCAGUUCUGCGAAACAGUCGUCGAAACGUCCGCCCUCAAGUGCUUCGCGGAGACGCCCAACAAGAAAAACAAAAUCUACAUGCUCGCUGAGCCUCUCGACAAACAAAUCGGCGAGGACAUUGAGAAGGGCCUUGUGUCUGACAAAUGGGAGACGCGCGUCCUCGGCGAGCACUUCACGACCAAGUAUGGCUGGGACGUGCUCGCGGCGCGGUCGAUCUGGGCCUUUGGCCCGGACGCGCGCGGCCCGAACGUCCUCGUGGACGACACUCUCCCGAGCGAAGUCGACAAGACGUUGCUGGGCAACGUGCGCGAGAGCAUUGUCCAGGGCUUCCAGUGGGCGACUCGCGAAGGCCCGCUGAUUGAAGAAAACAUCCGAAACGUCAAGUUCAAGAUCCUCGACGCGUCCAUCGCUGCAGACCCGCUCCAACGCGGCGGAGGCCAAGUCAUCCCGACUGCGCGGCGUGUGGCGUACUCCGCAUUGUUGCUCGCCACCCCGCGUCUCAUGGAGCCCGUCUUCUUCACAGAGAUCCAGUGUCCUGCGGACUGCGUCUCCGCCAUUUACACGGUCCUCGCCAGACGACGCGGAAACGUCAGCCGCGACAUGCCCAAGCCCGGCACGCCUCUUUACAUCGUCCACGCCUACCUGCCAGCGAUCGAGUCUUUCGGCUUCGAAACGGAUCUACGAACUCACACGUGCGGACAGGCGUUCUGCCUGUCCAUGUUUGACCACUGGGCGAUCGUCCCCGGAGACCCGCUCGACAAGGCGAUUCUGCUGCGCCCGCUGGAGCCCGCGCCGGCGCCGCAUUUGGCGCGAGAAUUCUUGCUCAAGACGCGACGGAGAAAGGGUUUGAGCGAGGACGUGUCCAUCGCCAAGUUCUUCGACGACCCCAUGUUGGUCAACAUCGCCACAGACUUGCAGCAAUUCCUCUAG